AUGAUUAAAAACAGUCGUAUUUUCUCAGACCAUUAUCAUUAUUGGUAUUUCGACAAACAGAAGUGGUUGGCAGCAAUGAAAACGGAUGAAGCUGAUAUUCGUUCCGAGACGCACGUUGCGCUUACCGAUGAUAUGACAGAUCAUAUAAGUAGUACUUGCUCCAGCAUACCAUCAAAUAAUAUCAUCUUACGUACCAGACGUCGUAAUUAUCUGAUUAAAACAGAGAAUUUUGCAAAAUGUUCAGAAAAAAUCGCCCUGUUGGUGAAACAUGGAAAAGUACCACCAGCAAUUGAUCUAUCUUGUUAUAAUAUUGACGCUGUACGUACAUUGACCGAUUUUGUUGCUGGCGUCGAUAAGCGUAAUUUACGUCUGGGUGAUAAUAUUCUCACCGAUUUACUUCAACUUGCGCGUAUCUUUCGUAUGAAUCAAUUUACCUCUUUAAUUGUUGAGCAUGUGAUCGAAAAAGUAGAAAAAGGGCCACAAUCGAAUCUUUUAUUAGCCCUAAAUUUGAUAUCAUCGGAUUGGAGCAUGUUUUUGCGCGUUAAUGAAGCAUCAGCACUUGUGGAAUCUGCCGCUGAGAAUAUUGGUGAAGUGAAAAUGUCAACUUUUUUCUACAUUCUUCCUGCAGCGGUACUUGUUAUGCUUUAUAGCAGAUGUGACGUGGAUAUAUCAUCUGAACUAGAGCUAAGUCAAUGUUUAAUUCAUUGGCUCAAGAAAACGAUCCGAACAGAUAGUGAAGCUGAAAUUCUCUUCUCAUGCAUUCGGACACCAUUUCUGUCAUCAAAAGAUCGUGAAAUUAUUCGAGAAAAAUGCAAUGGAUUACCAAAAAGUAUGAUAAAUGCAAUCGAGAAUACGCUAAACUCACCACGUAAUCAUCGCUGUUGCGUAAUUCGUGAGCAUGUUGAACGUCAUUAUCCACGUUGUGGUAUACCAGACAAUAAUAGCUAUUUUAAAAUUAAUACCAUCGACGUAACGAUUAAACCGAUGAAGGAUAAAAAUAAAAAGUAA